AAAUAUUCUCCCAUUCUUCAAGAACAUAUCUUUCUGCAUUUGUCCACUUUCUCUUCAUUGCUUUCGAAGCCAAGAAUCUCUCUCUCUGCCACUUCCUCAUAGAUUCCUCUCCCUCUUUUCAACCACUAUUAACGAUCUCUAAUCAACCUUCUUUUUCAUCUCUCUCUAUCAUUUUCAUUUUUCCUCCUUCCUUUUUUGCCUCUUCCUCCUCUCAACUAAUCCAAUAUCUAUACAUAACCCAUGUCUCCUCCCCAAGAUAUCAAUCAUCUCUCUCACCCUUGUAUAUACGGGGACUUUGUUUCUUCAUACUCAGAGAGAAAAUCUGGUUUUAUGAAAUGGUUUGGCAAGAUAUUCAAAAUUGGGUCCAGUAGAGGAAGGGGCGGUGGUCAUCAUCUAGAACAGCCUGUGGAGGAAAACAUGGUUUGGCCAGCUCCAGCUAGAUCGUUGGAUGACCGUGCUAGAUCUCGGAAGGAGAAAGAGGAUCUGGACCGUGCAAUUGCACUUUCUUUAGGCGAAGAUUUAAAGAGACCAACUGGAUAUAGAUGGCGGACAGGAACUGAUGAAGAUUAUGCAAAGGCUCUUCAGGAUCGCAUGUUCUCAUCAACGCAUCCUCCAUAUACCCCUUUACCUUUUUAUCCCCGGGGAUAUGGUAGUAUGCCAUCGCAUAACAGAAUAUGUGAAGGGUGCAACCGAGAGAUACUUUAUGGCAAUUGUUUAGGAGUUGGUCACAGUUAUUUUCAUCCAGAAUGCUUUCGGUGUCACUCUUGUCGUUACCCCAUUACUGAGCGCGAGUUUUCUUUGUCAGGGAAGCGUCAAUAUCACAAGUCCUGUUUUAAAGAAUUAACCCACCCUAAAUGUGAAGUUUGCCAUCAAUAUAUACCAAUAAAUGCUGCUGGUUUGAUUGAGUAUAGAUGCCACCCUUAUUGGAACCAAAAGUAUUGUCCAUGUCAUGAAUAUGAUAACACAGCUCGGUGCUGUAGUUGUGAAAGAUUAGAGUCUCGGGAUGAAAGAUACUACAGAUUGGAAGAUGGACGCAUUUUGUGCUUUGAGUGCAUGGAAUCUGCUAUAACAGACACUGGAGAAUGCCAACCCCUUUAUCAUUCUAUCAGAGACUACUAUGAAGGAAUGAACAUGAAAAUAGAUCAACAAGUCCCAAUGCUUCUCGUUGGGAGAGAAGCACUUAAUGAAGCCAUUGUUGGGGAGAAGAAUGGUUUCCAUCACUUACCAGAAACAAGGGGCUUAUGUCUUUCAGAAGAGAAAACUGUUGCAAGUGUAUAUAGAUGGCCAAGGUUUGGAGGCCAUCGAUUAACAGGGAUGAGAUGUCAACAUCAAAAGCUGACUAGAAAAUGUGAUGUUACAGCUAUUCUUGUUCUCUAUGGCCUUCCAAGAUUACUUACAGGUGCUAUACUUGCCCAUGAGUUGAUGCAUGCUUGGUUACGCCUUAAAGGUUACCAAAACCUGAGUCCUGAAGUAGAGGAAGGUAUUUGUCAGGUUCUUUCUUACAUGUGGCUUGAUGCAGAGGUUAUGUCGGGUUCUAGAAGCAUGCCAUCAACAUCAGCAUCAGCAUCAGCUUCUUCUUCAAAGAAAGGUGCAAAAUCUCAUGUUGAAAGUAAAUUGGGUGAGUUUUUCAAGAACCAGAUUGCCAAUGAUUCUUCCCCAACUUAUGGUGGUGGCUUUAGAGCAGCUAGUAAAGCUGUGGAAAAAUAUGGUUUAACUAUUACUCUGGAUCAUAUUCGUUAUACUGGCCAGUUUCCAUUGUAAUAAGAACGUGUUCUCAUAGGAGUUUGGAAUCUUGUGUUUGAUGUUGGAAUUGGUUCAAACUUAAGACACAAGGUUGGACAGCUUCCCUCCUGCUAUUUCAUGCCCCCAGGGGGAAAGUGCUGUUCCUAUCUAAGGUUGUCCAUCUCCAAAUUGAACAAUAUUAUGCAUGCCUUGCUUUAGUUUAAGAGAUGCUAUUAUUUCUCAUGCUUUUUGCAA